UCCAUGCUUUUGUUUUUAGUUAAAAUAAAUUAAAAGGUAAUUACUAAUUUACCCAUUCUCAUCGUAACGUGGCAUUCUCAUAAAAUCUCACAACAGCAUAGGGCCAACAGUUUAAGUUUUACCCCGUACUGACGGCCACCUAACGGCGGCAAAUUAGAAAAAGAAAAAAAAAGUGUCCUUCAACAAGAACCGUUGAGCCUUUACUAACUACAAACCUGAACGGCUGAACCAAGCACCACCGGGCAUGCCUUAAGAUUUACAACGUUUAAGCCCACUGUUCCAGACCCAGCUGCUCUGCCGCCACGAGUCAUUCUCGUAGCCACUCCAGACAUGCAGAGCUGCCAAUUACAUCUACGCGCCACCACUUCGACACAGCCAGAGCCUGAACCUUUACUUAUCACGAGGUCAUGGCCAUCUGAGCUCACAGCCACGUUGCUUAAAUCCAAGACGUUUAAUCCCUUUUAUGUAUAACUUCUCCCUAUCCUUCCUUUCACUUGCUUCUCGGUGCUCUAUUAUACUAAUCUUACUUUCUCCUUAGUCGUUGAUCGAUCAUGGCUGAGCAAAUUAAGUCAGUGACCCAGAGAAUAUCGGAAUCGGCUCCAAAUUCACGCCAGACGGUUAAAUUCCUAACAGCAGCUACAAUUGGGACUACACUGUUGGUUUUGUCGGGGCUGAUCCUAACCGGAACAGUUAUAUCCCUGGUUAUUGCAACUCCUUUGCUGGUGCUGUUUAGUCCCAUACUAAUACCUGCGGCGAUAGUUGUAUUCCUGGUGGCUACAGGGUUUCUGUUCUCAGGUGGAUGCGCUGUAGCAGCGCUAUCGGUUAUGUCGUGGACCUACAACUACAUGUCAGGGAAGCACCCGCUGGGUUCGGACCAACUUGACUAUGCACGAACGACGCUUGCAAACAAGGCUAAGGAAUAUGGGCAGUAUGUGCAGCAGAAGGCACAGGAAGUUACCCAGGGACAGGGCCAGGGGUAUUGAUCAUCGAGUGAGUGGCUUAGAUUUAGCUCUGCUUAAUUAGCUUUCCUUUUAACUCUCUUGUUGCUAGUUGCUACUCUCUGUAAUUUCUGCUUAAUUUCGUCUCUCUUUUUUAGUUCUCAGAUCUAUGCGCAUGUGUAUCAUGAUGCACUUGGUUUGUGCAUGUUGUUCUGAAUCUUUCUUGUAGGUGUAGCUGGCGAGCAUGUAGCCUAUCUAUAUCUUCAUCUUCAUGUUGGUCAUCUAAAGGGGUUUCGUUCCUUCUUA